AUGGAGCUGAAACCUUUGUUGAAGAAGCUGGGCUCAAUAAUCCGUGCCAUCCUCACCUUCCUCUUCGCUCUGGUGGUCCUGGGUGUGAUGGUGUGGGCCUACGUCGACGGCUUCCAACUGGCGACCUCCACGUAUGGAAUCAUCUCCUUUGGUUUUUAUGGACUGCUCCUCUCCCUCCACGUGCUGUUCCAGAGCUUCUUCGCAUUCAUUGAACACCGGCGAAUGAAAGCCCGCACAAAACCGUGCACCUUGACCAAGACCAUUGGCUUCACCAUAUCGGCCUAUCAGGAGGACCCCACCUAUCUCAGAGAGUGCCUCAACUCCAUCAGGGCUCUCAAGUAUCCCCCUGAGCUGCUGCGCAUCAUCAUGGUGGUGGACGGGAACUCAGACGAUGACCAAUAUAUGAUGGACAUGUUCAGAGAGGUUUUCAAAGACCAAGAUCCUGGCUGUUAUGUGUGGAGGAACAACUACCACACAUGGGACCCCACCCAGGCCCAGCAAGACGAGGAAAUGGCCAUGGGCUCAAUGUGGGAUCCUGAUUAUGUUGUAGGAGAGGAUCCACAGAGAAAAGAGGUAGAGCACCUGAUCCAGAGCAAGAGAUGUGUGUGCAUUAUGCAGAAAUGGGGCGGCAAGCGGGAGGUGAUGUACACGGCGUUCAAAGCACUUGGAUCCUCAGUUGACUAUAUACAGGUGUGUGACUCAGACACUAAGCUGGACCCUCUGGCCACUAUUGAGCUGUGUAAGGUGCUGGAGAGUAACCCCAAGUACGGUGCCGUGGGAGGAGACGUGAUGAUCCUCAACCUGAAAGAGUCCUACAUCAGCUUCAUGAGCAGCCUGAGGUACUGGAUGGCUUUCAACAUCGAAAGGUCCUGCCAGUCCUUCUUCAACUGUGUGUCCUGCAUCAGUGGGCCUCUGGGUCUGUACAGGAACGAUCUCCUCCAGCAGUUUCUGGAGUCUUGGUACAAUCAGAGGUUUUUGGGAACUCACUGCACAUUCGGCGACGACAGACAUCUCACAAACCGAAUGCUGAGCAUGGGCUACGCCACCAAAUACACGGCUCGCUCCAAGUGCUACACGGAGACACCUGCUCAGUUCCUGCGCUGGCUCAACCAGCAGACUCGCUGGACAAAAUCGUACUUCCGUGAGUGGCUCUACAACGCAAUGUGGUGGCACAAGCACCACCUCUGGAUGACCUACGAGUCCAUCAUCUCAGGUAUUUUCCCCUUCUUCGUCACCGCCACCAUCAUCCAGCUGUUUUGGAACGGCACGCUGUGGGACAUCCUGUGGAUCCUGUGCUGCAUCCAGCUGAUUGGGCUGGUGAAAGCGGCGUACGCCUGCAUCCUGCGCAGAGACAUGGUGAUGGUGUUCAUGUCCCUCUACUCGGCUCUGUACAUGACGAGCCUGCUGCCUGCAAAGUAUUUCGCCAUCAUCACCAUGAACAAGAGCAGCUGGGGGACGUCAGGCAGGCGAAAGAUGGUGGGGAACUACAUCCCCCUCCUCCCUCUGUCGGUGUGGGCAGCCAUCUUGUUAGGUGGGCUCGGUUACACAAUCUACAAGGAGAGUCACAUGGACUGGUUCGCUCCAGCCAAGAUUCGAGAUUCAGUUUUUGGUCUUUGGCUCCGUGGCCUACAUAUGCUACUGGAUGCUUAUGAUAUUUCUCUAUUGGGCAUGGUUCCGCAGGUUAUGUAGAAAACGUGCACAAAAAUACACGGUGAGUGUGUAAGUCCGAAGUGAAGAACUGAGUUUUCUUCAAAUGGAACUAUUUUCUUUAUUUUAUUCAUUUGAUUUCUUUAAAUUAUUUAGAAAUGAUAGUUUGGGUCGUUUCAUGCAGAUACUGGACCAACAAACAAAUGAAAUGGCAAUAAUUUUUGGUGAUCUUGAUGAAACAUCCAUACAACCAAAGCAUUUUUAACACAUUGCAAAAAAAUAUAGAUAUAUAUAAUGUUCGUGUGGAGGUGUUGUUGCACAUUUCAAUGAAACUGUACUGAGGGCUUUCGGGCUCAUGCACUUCUCAGGUUUCUCUUUGUCAGUUGACGACUGGUGAGAUGACCUUCCAGCAGAUAUUUAUUCAAUACCUAAUCAUGCGAAAAACUGCUAUUCGCUUAUUUUAACGCAUUUGGAUUAAAGGGUAUUGUCCACGUAUGUGUGUCUUUGUAGAUUGCAUCAACAGUACAAAGAACUCCACUCACGGAUGCAUUACUGUGCCAGUUAAGUUAAGUGACCUUCACUUCAGCACUGUUAUUGUUAUUGCACUGGAUCCUGGACAGAACUUUUUGCAGGGAUGCAGAUUUCCUUGAAAAUAAUGGAAACUGCAGUUAUGUUAUUGAUUAAAUAUUAUAUUUAGAUGCUGUACAUCUAUUCUCUUGAUGUGUGAAGUACUUUGUGAGAUGCACUUUUUGUAUUACUGAGGGAAAAUGGACAAAC